CUCAAGCUCAAGUCAACUUUCAGGACCUUCCCCAUCAGGCAUCCAGACUUUCGACUUCAUUCGCAUCACUCGAUCCCGUGUGUCCUCGCCCUAUCAUCCUAGGUCUCGCGAACCCGCUGCCUAACCAUGACUUCUCGGUUGUCCACCCUCGACUUGGUGGCUAAGGUCGAUGCCUUCCCUUACGCGGACCGGGAUCCCGAGGCUUACGCCCAGAUCAUGAAGUCUUUCUACACGUUCGUCUGGGAAGACCAACAGGGCCAGGUACCCAUAGGCUACGUGAAGUUGGACAUUGUCGAUGCACUCAACAAAGCCCCGGCAACUCUCAAAGGGCAGUUAGGGUUGCACAUCGAUGUCUCUAAUAGGACUGUGGUGCUCUUCCGUGAUGCCCCGGACAAAACCUACGAGGAACGCACUCGGCUUGUCGGAGAGCUCACUGCGCUUUGGCGUGAACAAGAAGCAUUUGCCAUCCUCAAGAGCUGGCGAAACGAGCUGUGGCCAGUUUAUGGUCGCAGCAAGGAGCUCGUGUUCAGCAUAGAGCGGGCAGCCAUGGGCCUCUUUGGAACCACACGUUACGGCGUGCAUAUGAACGCCUUCAUCAGACAUCAGGACGCCAGCAGCAAGUAUGACUUGAGAAUCUGGGUUCCCAGGCGGUCCGCCACCAAGUCGACCUAUCCGAGCAUGUUGGACAACGCGGUAGCGGGCGGCUUGAUGACCAAUGAAGACCCCUUCGAAUGUGUCAUCCGUGAGGCGGACGAAGAGGCUUCACUGUCCGAGCAUAUCGUGAGGAACAACGCCAAAGAGGUCUGCACCAUCACUUAUAUCUACAUCACGGACGAGCGCGCGGGAGGCGAGGCGGGGCUGAUCUACCCGGAAUGCCAAUGGAUUUAUGAUCUAGAGCUACCUGCGGAUGGAAGUGUCGUCCCCGAGCCAAAGGACGGCGAGGUCGAGAGCUUCAGCUUGUGCACAGUGGAGGAGAUCCAGGAACAGCUCGCCCAGGGAAUGUGGAAGCCGAACUGUGCAGUCGUCAUGCUCGAUUUCUUCGUUCGGCACGGCAUUUACACGCCUGACAACGAGCCGCAUUACGACGCAUUUCGCGACCGGGCUCAUCGACAUAUCGCCUUUCCCGGUCCUCAUCAGGCCCGAAUCCAUCGAGCACCUUCCGCAGAGCACUAGCUCUCUCAAAGGUAGAUGGACAUCCCUUGGCUCGGUAGCGACAUAAAUACAGGUACUUGCUUCCGGGUAUCGUUUGAUUCAUUACUUUCCCCAGACCCCUUUUCCCUAGGAUAUGCCUUUUCUGGUCCACGCAUAACCUUAAACGCCCGUUCGCCCUCCAAAGGUCCAAUGAAUGUUGCUCGCGCCCUAGACUCUUGAUCGGUCUAAUGUUAUUCAGCCGCUGGAAACAUUUGCUUUUUUCCAUUUUUAUUCUCCGGAAGUUUCAGCUCUCAAGCGUUCCUGUUGGCGAGGAGGUAGACGUAGUCGACACGCAGGGGCGUGAGCUUCUUGUAGGGGCCGUCGAGGGCCAUCAGAAGACCACCGUAGGACAUAUACGCCUUGCUAGAUUUUGCAAGGGAACCAGUCAGCAACUCUUUUUCCCCGAA